AUGGGACAGUCCUCUUCUACACAACGUGAACCUCCCGAUACCAGAUAUACGGAACGUUCAUCACCUUUCUCGAUAGAACGUGGCUUGAACACGAGGGAUGAAGACAUGAACCAUAGGCAAGCGGAUGAACACAAUGGAGAGGGCGGCUUCUCGCAGCGUGUUGAGAUGGACACGGAUCGGAGUGAUCAGGAUACACACGAUAUGACGAAUGAGGGACAAGAGACAUGGCACCAACCUACACGAUUCUCUGGCGGCUUUUCGCAACCCAUGCGCAGUAUCGAAGAAGAGGAUGACCCAGAGUUCGAACUACCAUCGCGUGAAAUACGCACUGCGGCUUUUGCUCGAAUGGCAGCUCGGAGGCAAUCCACAAUGUCAAGAUUAGGAUCUAGGUUGCUUCCCAAUUCAGUCAUCCGCGGUCUUCUUAACAGUCAAGAAGAAACCCCAGCCGAGGGCCAUGCACACCGACAUGGGCUAGUUUCUAGACCCAUCCCAAGGUCGGAGACAACCAAUACAAGUGGUCGCUUCAGUCCUUUCACGUCUCUUAGCUCAAGAGGGAUUACUCGACGUCGCUCCAAUCGAGGGCCUUAUUUUAUUCCAUCUCGCGCGGGAUCCUCCGGGCCGCCAGAUACCUCCGGGAACCCGCCAUAUCUUGAUCCCGCCGAUUCUGUUCCUGAGCCUACGAGAGCCUCCUGGCGUCGUAGUGUUCGAUUGGGCCGUGUCAGAAAUUCGAUAUCCUCCCCCAUCUCUCACAUGUUUGGUCAACCGCACUCCAACUUGCCGGAUAACGCAAACCCACCACGUCGUAUGUCGGAUCCGUCAUUCGAUGAGAGAGCGAUGGAUACUCGGUUGGACUUCGGCGAGUCACCUCAUGAACUUGACUCCGUGGAAGCAGCCAUUCAUCCAGGGGAUCCGUUAGCCGCCAGCCCGCCUCCUGGCCUCCAGAAUCCUGCAUUGAUGCGCAGAUUACCUGCUAUUCUACGAGCGAGACAAUCUAGAAACAUGAGACGGGAGGAGCAAACUCCUUUGUCCAGGGUUCUCCAGCUCGCUGCAGCGGCCAUCGCUGCUCAGCUGUCUGGAACCGCUGGUCCUGCAUUGCCCAACAUACAGGCGCUAGGAAAUGAUGGCAUAGAUGGCUCUUUGGAGACAUUUAUCCAAAGUUUGCAGCACGUGACAUCUGCUCAAGCUCAGCCAACUGCGGGAGGAGAAGGACCAGGCGGUUCUACGAAUGAAGAACCCUCGCCUCCCGUCAAUUUCUUGCGUGUUUUCCGUUUCGCCAAUGCAGAUUCCCCAGCAGGUCCGGUUGCCCCUGAACAAAACGCGAACGGCAAUGGCGAUCGCGGCACUCAGACUCCCGAGGGAAUGGACGUUGACGAGCCCGCUGAAGGCGAAGGACGGACCGUUACCCUUGUUGUUGUGGGCGUUAGAUCGGUCCCAGCAGGGAACGGAAACACGGAGCAUCAAGGCCCUCCACCUCCAGGUCCUGGUUCCGGUUUGGAAACUCUGCUUGGUCUACCAUUCUUACCACCCAAUGUGAUUCCUCGGCCACAAGAUGCCAUGGUUGAUCAGGCGCAACGGGGAGAACCACGGUUCAGAUUGCCAAUUCCCCGUCACCCGGGCCACGCAGGACUACAUCCCCCAACUGGGGCUCCUGUCUCAUCUCGACCGGCGGGGCACAGCAUUUCCAGAAGGUCCUCUGAUACCGGGCCCCGUGCUGCCUUCCCUUCCUUCAUCCCUCCUACGUUCUCGGACAGUCCUCCAGGACCCCACCCUCCGCCAUCUACUCCAGCUGAUCAAGGUCUGCCUGCUGUGUCCUCGGGUACUUCUACACCAAGUCGCAGACCGUCUUCUGCCUCGGCAAUUGCUCCAGAUAUUCUGCCCCAUCUACACGAGGGACAGGCAAUACGGCCAAGACCAGGCUCCACGGAAGAGCCCUCGACAUUCAAUCAUGCUCAUCAGCGACGCCGAAGCGAUUCUGAGUUUGCUCGUCAUCGGGCACUAGGUUCUGGUGCUGUCCGACGCAAUGGCAUGGUUGAGCCUGACCAGCCCCCACCAAGCGGAGGUCGUAGUUGGCUGAUCUAUGUUGUUGGAACCAAUCUGGCCGAAAAUCAUCCGGCUUUGACCACUCCAAGCCUUUUCACUGAUAAUCCUACAUACGAGGACAUGAUCCUACUCUCGUCACUGUUGGGUCCAGCUAAACCCCCUGUUGCCUCUGAGGCCGAUGUAAACUCCGCAGGCGGAUUAUUCCGUCUUGUUGAGUACGGCGGUUCCUUGGUUGCAGAAGCCCUGGAUGGCGCUGGCGCCAUUCAAAUAUCAGACGGAGAGCGUUGCUUGAUCUGUCUGAGUGACUACGAAGUAGCGGAAGAGGUCCGAGAACUGAAUAAAUGCAAGCAUGUCUUCCACAAGGACUGCAUCGACCAGUGGUUGACUACCGGGCGUAACUCUUGUCCCCUUUGCCGUGGUCAAGGUGUGAAUGAAGGCUCCAGCAAUGAAAACUCAGCUCCCGGUCCUACUCCAGCUCCAGCUCCUACUCCAGAUGGCACAGCUGUCUAA